AUGGAAGGCGUGACUCGUGCGAUUGAGCGCAAACUUGCCGCUGAGCUUCCAGCGCGCUUUGGAGUUCUGUUCGACGGGUGGACUCAUGCUUCAGAGCACUACGUGGCCUGGUUCGCAUGUUACGAGGUCAACGGGGUACUAGUUACCCCGUUGUUGGCUAUGGCUCCGCUCAUGAAUGAGCCGGCCGAUGGCCUCUCGGCCAGGUCGCACUACGAGUUCUUGGCGACGAUGUUGCCAAGAGACUUCGGAGCGCAGAUCGACCAGUGUCGCUUAAUCGUAGGUGACAGCUGCUAA